AAUGAAGGAAUUGGAGUAGAAAAGGAUGAACAUAUGGCGGUCAAGUAUUAUCAAGAAUCAAUCGAGUUGUGCUAUGUGAGCACUAAUGGCACAUUGUCAAGAUUGGACACGGCCACUCGUCGGAAUCUCAUUUGA